CCUCUUCCGGAUCGCAGUUUCCUGCGUCUCUCCGUUUAUCUGCUCUCAACUACUAGGAGCGGAGGACACCGUCGGUUCCGCUCAUCAAAAAUGCCUCACCACACGUUAUCGCCGCAUGCUAAUGCCAUCUUCUAAGUGGUCACCUGGGGAUUCUGACCCUGCCAAAAGAGCUAUCAUAAUGCGUCAGUGCGCGUGCCCGGAGCCGCUGUCAGCUGUCCAGCUCAAGCGCCUGGAGGAACACAAAUACAGCGCGGCCGGUCGCUCCCUCUUCGAGCCGCCCUGCCAGAUAUACUGGAACUGGCUGGUCCAGCAGAUCCCGACGUGGGUCGCGCCGAACACGCUGACCAUCACUGGACUCCUUAUUAACAUAUUAACGACGAUCAUUCUCGUCUAUUACAGUCCCACCGCCACGGAGGAGGCUCCAGGUUGGGCCUUCUUUCUCAGCGCCUUAGGUCUCUUCAUCUACCAAUCACUGGAUGCCAUUGAUGGGAAACAGGCCAGACGGACCAAUAGCAGCUCGGCUCUUGGGGAGCUCUUUGACCAUGGCUGCGAUGCUGUUUCUACAGUGUUUGUUGCUGUGGGAACGUGUAUAUCCUGUGGGAUUGGCGUUUACCCUGACUGGAUGUUUUUUUGCGGCUUCGUGGGCAUGUUCAUGUUUUUCUGUGCACACUGGCAGACAUACGUAUCCGGGACACUCCGCUUCGGAUUGGUUGACGUGACAGAAGUCCAGAUUGCUAUUAUAAUCAUGUAUCUGAUGACAGCAUUUGGAGGAGUGAGUCUUUGGGAGACUAUGGUGCCUGUUCUUGGUGUGAAUUUGCAAACCUUUCCAAUUCUCGGUAUAAUCGGUGGGUUUCUGUAUUCAACCUACAACUACUUCUAUGUCAUUCUGAACGGUGGCGUGGGCAAGAAUGGCUCAACUGUUGCAGACACCAGUGUAUUGUCUCCUGGUCUACACAUCGGCCUCAUCCUCUCUCUGGCCUUCAUCAUCUUUAAAAAGUCCUCCAGUCAGCUUUUCGAGCACCAUCCUUGCCUUUACAUCCUUACAUUUGGUAUGGUGAUCGCCAAGAUCGCAAACAAGCUGGUGGUGGCCCACAUGACCAAGAGUGAGCUUCAUCUUCAAGACACAGCCUUCAUUGGUCCUGGACUUCUUUUUCUAAAUCAGUAUUUCAACAGCUACAUUGAUGAACACAUCGUGCUUUGGAUCGCCAUGGUGCUGUCCCUGGUGGAUCUGCUGCGUUACUGCACAGGCCUGUGUCUGCAAAUCGCCUCCCACCUGCGAAUCCGGGUUUUCAGCCUCACCCCACAGGGCUCGCAAAGAGACUGACAAUUUGCCCGGCGGGAGGAGGAAGCGGGACUUAAGGAUGAAGACAUUGUCCCGCUUCUCAAGCUAGAGCAGGAGAGCCCCAUCAACCAAAACCGCAACGGCCUUGACAGUGUGACCACCACAGAUUAACAGAAUUGAACGUUUUACCAGGUUUGACCAUACCAGCUCGCAUUGUUUUGUUUUUUAAACACACUACUGUACGCAAGAAUAUAUCACUGGAUGAAAAGAAAGAGUUUAGACAACGACAAUGUCCAAAACAUGGCCUUGUGGGGCCAGAGGGGAGCUUAGCCCUUAAGUUUUCAGUUGCCCUGAAAUGGUUAAUACUGUGCAGAAUUAGAAAUUAUUAUUAAAAAAAAAUUUUUUUUCAAAAGGAUAAAAAAAGAAAAAAAGGAAACAUUGGUGGGAAAAUCAAACGUUAACUGAAUUUGAAUUGGCUAAAAACUCUUAGCUCUUAGCUCUUAGCGUAGAAACACUUUCUAAAUAUUUUGCAUCUUAACCAUCUGGUCAAAGAUAAAGAUAUGAAAGGAAAGAAAUAAAAAAUAAAUUGACGAAAAAAGAAUAAAUAAAUAAAUAAAUGGUGGAAACUUUUUUUUCCACAAUAGAUUUGUGAAUGUUUUGGGUUUGAACAGGUUUGUCAAUUUUUAACAGAAAAGGGAAGCUACAACUGCAAUUUUGACAUCAGUUCCUGUUUUCUUUAAAUAAAAAAACCAAGUCCAUUUGCGAUAUCGAAAUAUCCAUUAUUUAAUUUAAGGCCCAUCUGUAGAGGUCUGAUCUUGAUCAAUACAACAGAAGCAUUUCAAACAUACUUCUCGGUUUCAAGACCUGAUAUAGUCGCCAAACUGCCAAAAAAAAUAGUUUACACCACAGAACCUUUUUUUUACCAUGCAGAAUUUUUACUGUCAUUAAAAAAGCAGCUAUUUGUAGAUCAAGUGACACUUUAUAGAAGAACAUAAGCUCCAGAAAAAAAAAAAAAAUCUGCCCGAACAGCCAUUGUAGCUUAAAGAAAACUUUUUGUGAUUGUCCAGUGAUUACAGUGUAUGUAUUUAUUUUAAUGAUCUGACUGAAUUUAGUGUGGGUCAAGCCUGUUUAAAACACAAAUAAUAAUUGAAAGAACUUAAUUGUCGAGGAUUGUGGCUAUGUGCUAACAACAGACUCAUCUCUCCACCCCCCCCUCUCCAGUCAACCAAUUGCAGUCGGCUCAGAUUUCCUAGCUGUGUGUUUCACUUCCUAGAGCUUGAACUGAGCACAAACAGAGUUUUUGAGCAUUGUCUUUUGCUCUGUUUUGAGGGAUUUUUUUUGGGGGGGGGGGGGUGUUGAUCUUUUGUGCCUGUUUUGUUUUAUGAUGCACUCUCUGCCUGCUUAGUUAGAAUCAUCUCCUUCCAAAGGGCUAAUAAAAACAAUAAAUUUUGUGUGAUUUGAAUAUA